AUGUCGCAAGCGGAAGAAGCGAAAGGUGGGGACGCACCCCAAACUGUUUCUCCGAGUGCGCUGACAGUGAAGCCUGAGUGGUUGUCCUUGAUUUUAUCCGGCUGCAAGACCUGGGAGCUGCGGUCCAAGCCUUGCAGAAAAGAUCCGAAAGCCUUUGUGGCGCUUCUAGGCAGUGGCACCAGCACCGUCUGGGGCUUUUGCCAGAUCGAUGGAAGCAGCAGCCGCUGGCGGAGUCUUCGGCAGCUUCAGUCGGCCUCUGCCCGUUCCAAGCAUCAAGUUUCUGAAAAAGAGCUCCAGCACUACCUCGGCAAGGCCCGGAAGGCCCAGAAGGCUGAGGCUCAGGUCGGUGCCUACGCCUGGCGCUUGCGCCGCCCCCGCGUCUUGGUGCGGCCUUUGUGGGUCCGGCGGAUGCGGAGCAGCAUGAGCUGGCUGCGCCUCGAUGCUUCGGCGCUGGCGGAGCUCCAGAAGCGCCACAGCUACGAAGGUUCGCCCUGUCUCCAUGCAGCCCUGUUGCGAGAGAUGCGGCACUUGGCGCGACAAGGGCGACCAGCGCACGACGAGGGAGCUCCCUUCGAAGCGGCUCCGGUUUCGAGCGAGGGGGCGCAUGCUGCAGCAACAGAAAGCCUCACAGCUCGGUUGAUUCGCAAGGCGGGAGCCUUCCACGGGAAGUCUUUGCUUGAGAGGGCGAAGCGCGUCGCUUCGCUCGCUUCGCUCGCCACGAAAGCGGCGGAGGCGGCGGAGAUCGGAGAGGGAGAACGCCUCAAACAAGAAAGGCGGCUCCAAAGUUUCCUGGAGAGCAGCCUGGCCUGGCACCUCUAUGCCCCGCCGCGGCACGACGCUUCCGCUCCGCUGGCCCGGCGGCUGCUCUGCGGAAUCCUCGCCGUCUACGAAUCCUCGACCUCCCUGCAGAUCACACUCUCGUCGGAGAUGCGUGAUGCUCUGAGCCUCCUGGAAGGCGAGGGCGGCGAGGGCGGCGAGUGCGAGGACGAGGAGCUCCGGCUCCAGAAGGUGUAUACUGGUAGGGCGCGUGUGAGAGUCGUGCGCUGGAUCCCUGGGUCCUUCGAGUCGCCGAUGCUGUGUGUCCGUGGUGCGACGAGCAACUUCAGUGCGAGCCGAGAGCAGGAGCCGGAGGCGGCGGAGGCGCAGCAGGACUGGCGUCAAAGCAUCCCCGGCGAUUCGGUGGUGGCGCUCAUCGAGUCCCGCGCCCGCGAGAUUGGCUUUGCUGCCAUACACCGACGGUCGAUGGAAUUCCAUAUCACGCAGUUUUCCGACACGGCCUCCUACAACCGGGCACUCUCGCAAUGCCUCGUGCUGGAGCCUGCCUGCGUCUUGGUCAGCCGGAGCGCGCGGGGCACUUCGCUCCUGAAGCUCUUGGAGCAGGCCUUGAAGGCCACCGGGACCCAGCUGAGCUUCCUGGAGCGCCGGCACUUCGACGAGACGGAGGGCCAGGCCCUGCUGGAGGAGGCCAGCGUCACUGGCCUGCAGCAUGCGGAUUUCGCGGAGAAGUUUGUGGCGGCAGCCGCCUUGACGGCACUUUGGCACUUUGUGGAAGCCUCUGCAGAUGUGCGACUGCAAGGAUCCGCAGUGAAGGUCACCUUCCGCGCAGCCAGCCAGACGAUGGCCAUCGACGCGUCCUCGGCGCGCCUGCUGGAGCUUGUGCGUGGCCUCCGCGAGCCUGGGAAGUGCUUGCUUGGGCUUUUCAGCUGCCGCACGGCUGGCGGCUUGCAGCUGCUCCGGCAGUCUUUGCUCCAACCCUCCGUGCAGCUGAAAGAGAUCCAGGCCAGGCAGGCAGCGGUGGAGGCUUUUCUCAGAGACGAGGCGCUCUUCUUCCAGACGCAGCAGCUCUUGCCAGCACUCGGAGACAUGGAUGUGCUCUUGGCGCGGCUCACGGGAGAGCCAGGCCGUCAGGGCAGCCAUGGCAUCGAGUGGUGUAAGGUGACCGUGCGCACGGCGCUCCGCUUACGCAACGUCUUUGCCGCCCUUCCCCUGCUCGCAGAUCUGCUGAAGUCGGCGCCGGAGGAAGGCCUCCUGGCAGAGGCGCGGCAACUGCUUUGCCAUCGCCGGUUCGGCGAGCUCCGGAAGGAGCUGGAGCGCGUGCUGGAGUCGAACGACGGAGCGGGAGCCCGGGGCUCGGCUGGCCGCUCUAGAGGCUCCUUGGCGCACUGCGCCUUGAUGUGCGCGGUGAGAGCGAAUGCCAGCGCCCUGCUGGAUGUGGCAAGGUCUGCCUGGAGCGAGUCCAUGCAGGCGAUCCAGCACGCGCACCGCGCCUUGGCCCUGCAGUACCCGGAGCUGCAGCUGCGCCUCGAGUUCGCCGAGAAGCGAGGUUGGUUUCUUUCCCACACGGCGCACGGGGUGAUUCCCAGCGAAUUCUUUCACACCAGCCUGAAGGGGACGAGCGCGCGCUUGGCAUCCACGACCAAAGAGCUCAGAUCGGAGAAUUUCAAGCUGCGCCAAGCGGAAGCAGAGAUCUUGAAGCGCACGGUGGAGGUCCUUGCUGGCCUGCUCCAGGAGCUCCGAAGUGAGGCCACGCUGCUGCACGGGGCCGCACAGGCAGUGGCGGUCCUGGACCUCCUCGCAGCCUUCGCCGGCUACGCUCUCUCCUCCAGCUGCGUUCGGCCGGAGAUCUCGGACUCUCUGGAGGCCCCCAUGGCCGUCAAGGAGGGCCGCCACCCUUUGCUGGACCGCUUGGGAAGCUUUGAGCCUGUGGACUUCUUCGUGGAUGGAACCUGCCACUUCCAGACCAUCACAGGACACAAUGGAGGAGGAAAAUCCACAUACCUGGCGACGAUGGCGCAAUUAGUCAUCUUAGCGCACACCGGGUCCUUCGUCCCGGCGGGCUAUGCAAGUUUCCGGCUGGUAACCUCGCUGUUCACGCGGAUGGGCACCAGCGACUCCAUCGAAGCCAGCGCGUCAUCCUUCCUGGUGGAGAUGAAGGAAGCUUCGCACAUUUUGAAGAACAUCACUUCCCAGAGCUUGGUGCUUGUGGAUGAGCUCGGCAGAGGAACCGCUCACGCCGAUGGCCUUGCGAUUUGCGUGGCCGUGUGCGAGAGGCUGCUGGACCUGAAGGUCUACACCUUCUUUGCAACGCACUUCUUCGAGAUCUGCUGGAUGUCCGCAAAGUGGCAGGGCUUCCGCAGCAUGCAUCUUCAGCUCCUGGAGGGAGGGGGAAGGAAGGCGAGCUUCUUCGUCCAACGUGUGACGUCCAUGAAAGCCCUCUCGGAGAAGGCGGAGGAGAGCUACGGCCUGCGAGCAGCGGAGGAGCUGCUUCCCGCGGCCCUGCUCCGGCGUGGACGAGAGAUGCAAGAGCAAUCCAUGCUGCAGCUGCAAGGUGCCGAGCCCGCCGCGCAUCAGGAGGGUGAGAGGGUGCGGGCGGUGCGGGUGCGGGUGCGGCAGCUCCUCGCUCUGGCACGAGGCUCCUUGGCGCCGAGCAGUCUGCGAGAGGUGCUUAGGCAGCUGCAGAGUGAAGUUUGA